AUGCACUUUUGGCCAAAUCUUGCUAGUUCUCGACUGUUUGCCAACCAGACCAAGUUCUGGAAUCCAGAUAGUCUGCCAUAUCGAUUCUUGGCUGAAGCAAAACGACUAUGGGAACUAGAAGAGGGGCAGCCCAAGCUUACAACGAUCCAAGCUGGCUGCCUCAUCAACGCCACGAUGAAUGACUUUGGUCAUGAUAGGGUCGGGUUCUCUUACAUGCUCAAAGCGCUCAGCAUGGCACAGCGAAUGAGUCUUUUCACGCCUCGGUCAUACGACAAUAAACUCGAACACGCUAAAUCGUUCACUGCUUGGGCCCUUUCCGCGUGGCUAUCAUUACAGAGCUACUACUAUUUCAAGCCACCGUGUCUCUUGGAUAUCCCUGCAGAUCCGCUUCCUGACGCCGAUGGCAGAUCGGAGUGGUACGGCCAGAUAUCGCUGCGUUAUUUACCGGACGAGCACACCUACUCAAUCGAAUUCGCCCGCGGUAUGAAAGCGCUUUGCGAGUUGCGGGUCAUCCAGAAUGAGAUCGGUGUCAUGUGCUUUAGCCGCUCCAAAGAGUCUAGGAAGAUGCCUUGGGGUGCAGCUCUGCAUAUACAGGCAAAGUUGGAAGCCUGGUCUGGAGGUUUGCCUGUUCAACUGCAGCCUCGCUCGAUCGUGUACCCUGCCCAUCUGAUGCUACACUGCGAAUACUAUGGGGCUCUGAUAACUUUGUUUCGGACGCAGAUCUCGUCUGGAGAUGAUGGCGUCCAGCUGUUGACGCAGCAUCAGCGCAACACAGCAGAGCAUAUCGUUACCCAGGCCAGCGUUCAACUCGAAAGCAUCUUGCGCAUCUACUACCUGCGUCAUAGCUUCGAGGCCUACGACUCUACACUCACGAUCUUCCUGGCCCAGCUCGCCAACCUAACCCUGGAGCCUCUUGAACAGCUCGAACAAGACCCAGGGAACGCUCCCCCGGAAGUCAGCAAAUCCCUCUUAUCUACACUGGUCUUAUGCUUCAAUGGCCUAUAUGAGCAAUCGAAAAGCGCCUUCAUCGCCGGUGUCAUGCUCAUGGUCAUGAAGAAAAGAUUGAGUGCCGACAUUCGCAACGCUGUCGGGCGUUACGUCGCGAUCGAAGAGACGGAUAUCGAUACUGACCCAAUGGAGGAAACGGACCUGAAGUUUUCACAUCCAAUCCUUUCAGAGCUCAUACUUCCGGGCACAAGCCUCAGCGACGAUCCAAAAUCGUGGAGAUUGAAGAAUUUGGUGGAUGAUCCUGGGAGGUAUUCGGGGUAG